UCGUGCCUUGUGUGUAGCGGCGGGGAGAACCGGAAAGAACCGCCGUGUUUCCAGACUCAGGGGAGAUAGAGCAGGUGUGAGGCCAGUACUCGAUGUGUGUCCUGCGGGCGGCCGAUGUGUCUGUGUGCCGGGCCUCCGGUGACCGCCUCAAUCCUGGAAAAUGAGCAGUUCAGAAGAAGUGUCGUGGAUCAGCUGGUUCUGCGGAUUACGAGGCAACGAGUUCUUCUGCGAGGUAGAUGAAGAUUAUAUUCAGGAUAAAUUCAACCUGACCGGCCUGAAUGAGCAGGUGCCCCACUAUAGACAGGCGCUGGACAUGAUCCUGGACCUAGAGCCGGAUGAGGAGUUGGAGGACAAUCCAAACCAGAGCGAUCUCAUUGAACAGGCCGCUGAGAUGCUGUAUGGACUGAUCCAUGCCCGCUAUAUUCUGACUAACCGCGGCAUUGCCCAGAUGUUGGAGAAGUACCAGCAGGGCGACUUUGGUUAUUGCCCCCGUGUUUACUGUGAGAACCAGCCCAUGCUGCCUAUCGGUCUCUCUGACAUCCCUGGUGAAGCGAUGGUGAAGCUGUAUUGCCCCAAGUGUAUGGAUGUUUACACCCCCAAAUCCUCCCGCCAUCACCAUACGGAUGGAGCAUAUUUUGGCACUGGAUUCCCCCAUAUGCUCUUCAUGGUUCACCCAGAGUAUCGACCCAAGAGACCUGCCAAUCAGUUCGUCCCCAGGUUAUAUGGCUUCAAAAUCCACCCCAUGGCAUAUCAGCUCCAACUUCAGGCGGCCAGCAACUUCAAAAGUCCCGUGAAGACAAUGCGUUGAGAAUCCACCCUCCUCUACGGUUUCAGUAUCAGGCCCGGUGACACCCCCCAAGCCUCCUCCUGUUGCACCAGUCAUGGAGAAAUGGUUUUCUUUUUCUUUUUUUGUGUAUGAUUUAUUUUAAUUUUUUUUUCAAUCAUUAUUUUGACUUUAGUCCUGUUCAGAGCGUGUUCAACCCGCGAAUGUGGUUAAAUAAAGUUAUAUAGAAUGAACCAA